AUGGGCAGCCACAUGGAAGAGGACAUUCUUGAAAAGGAUUUCAGGAUGUUAAUAUCUCUAGGCUGUGGUUCAUUUGGGGAGGUGAAGCUGGCCUGCCACCUUCCCACACAUACCCGGGUGGCUGUCAAGGUCUUUGAGAAAAACACCAACAGUGUGGCUGACAUCAGCACUGAAGUGAACAUCCUUCAGUCUUUAGAACACAGGAACAUCGUUCGAUUUUUUCACAUGAUCGACACACUGACAACCACUUAUGUGAUUAUGGAGUAUGUGGCAGGAGAAGAUCUGGAGAGCUGCCUCAGGGCACUGGGCUGUCUAAAGGAGGAGGAGGCUAGAGUGAUUUUCCGGCAGGUGGUGUCAGCGGUUCACUUCCUCCACCAAAGACACAUCGCACACCACGAUAUCAAAUUAGAAAACAUCCUAGUCGAUGCAGCAGGAGAUGCAAAGCUUUGUGACUUUAGUAUGACAAUUGAAAUCACAGAGGGGCAGAUGUUGUUGGAGAUCUGUGGCUCCUUGAUCUAUUGGGCUCCAGAGAUCUUAGCAAGAAAACUCUAUGAUGGACUGGCAGGUGACAUGUGGAGCUUGGGUAUCGUCCUAUAUGUCCUGGUCACAGGGCAAUUUCCAUACAUGGAACACACCCUUGAAGGUAUGCACAGGGUCAUCACCACCACAAUGUGUCCCAUUCCCUACCAUCUGUCAAAACUCUGUCAUAUCAUAUUUGCCUGACUACUCAUGGUCCCCACCUGGUACCAGAUCACAAUCUGUCAGCUUGUGGAAAGAGCAUGGCUGGGCCCAAUUCAAGAACAUGCACUGCCUGCCACCAAAGAAAUCCUGCCCAGGGUCAUGGAGACUAUGUACACCAUGGGCUAUACCUGUGAGGAGAUUGUGUCAUCCCUAACUCACAGGCAAGAAGAUAAUCAUGUAAUGGUUACAUGUAACAUUCUCAAACACCAGCUGAGCGGUGGGGACUGCCAUCAGCAAGAUCAGAUGCCCUGGUUAACUAGCAGCCCUGCAGGUCCUGUUUGCCCUCCUCUCCCCUUGAUGAGGAGAGCCAGUGAACCAGCAUUUAGAACCAGUACACAAGCUGGAAAAAGUCACUUUAAGGAGGAGAGUGUGGAAGAAAGAGGUGAAAUAUGCAGAAGCCACACCAUGCCCCACAGAUCCUCCUUCCUGGAAGUGAUGUACUGUUCAGACAACACAGUCCCAGAUAGAGAUGCUCUUAGGGCUGAUGUCAUCAAUGCUGCUACAGAAGACAUUGCAGUCAACAGGAAUUCUGUUGACCCCCUGCCUGGCAAUCUCUCCUCCCCUGAAUCAAUCUUGGAUUCUACACCCACAGUAUUUCUGAACCUGGGCUUCUCUGAAGAAAAUUCACCCCAGGAGCCAGACAUUCCCAGUGACUGGCACCAGGUGGCACCCACAACAUCUGUAUCCAGGCCAUUCAGGGGCUGGAAACUGAUAAGGAAGCAAAUUUCCCAUGCACACUGA